GAUCUGUCUGUGCUCAGUCCCACUUUGUUCGCUCACCUCCAAAGCAUGUUUGUCGUGUCGACCUUCCGAAACACGAUUCGGAUUCAUCCCGCUGACUUUGCAAAGGAUCCUCAAACGGCGAUCGCAGACGAAAUCAACCGACUCUACGCCAACAAGGUCGUGCUCAACAUUGGGCUGUGCAUCUGCUUGUACGAUCUGACCGAGGUUGGCGACGCGUACAUUGUCUCAUCGGACGGAUCCACACGAACAGAGGUGGUCUUUCGAUUAAUUGUAUUCCGUCCGUUCGAAGGCGAGGUCGUCUCCGGCACCAUCCGACGGAGCAUUCCUAGCGGCAUCAUUGUGAAUAUCGGCACGUUUUUUGAUGAUGUUUUCAUCCCCGCAGAGAAUCUUCAGCCGGGAACAAUCUUCAACCCAGAUCUGCAAGAAUUCGUUUGGACGUUUGCCGAGCAAGAGUUGCGGAUGGAGGCGGACUCGCGAAUUCGGUUUCGUGUUGUUGCAGACCGCUUUUCAGACCUGACACCAGUACAUACCGAAGCUCCUCGCUUUGUAGACAAUGAUAUUGCCGUCACUCGUACUGUGGCCAGCGCAGAGGACCCGUACAAACGACCAUACAUGGUGAUUGGAUCUGCGUCAGACAGUGGUCUCGGUCUGGAGGCCUGGUGGGAGUGAUUUUGUCGCAAGCGCCUGAUGGACGCGAAAUGUAAUCACUAGAUCUCGAUCUACACCUUGUUAUGAGCAUGCAUCUUGCACGCAGUGUUCCUCGUCGAACCUUUUGUUCCUGAAUAUUCAAUUGAUCCUUUCCUGA